GAUCCUUAGCUUCCAGUUUGAAAAAAAAAAUCUAUGAUUUAAAUAGAUCAUAUAUAUAUGGAGGCAAUGUCUAGGACAUACUGUGGUCAUUGCUUCAGCACUACAUGCUUGUUUUCUGCUGCAUUUAUUUUGUAUCCAUAACAUGGAUUUCAGAGAGCCAGACAUGGAAGCAGAUGCUCUGAAGGACAACAUCUAUAUGUCUCAGUGGACUGAUCCAGCAAAGCCAGUGCCGUCUCCUAACAAGAUAAUUGAGAAGGCCAUGCCUUCUUUGUUGCCCGGCUGGAGGAACAUCACGAGUGAGUCAUUCAGAGAGCAGUUUGCACCCUUAUACUAUUCACCAGACAGCAGUAUGAUAGGCAGCAGAGGCAGCUCAUCAAAUAAUGUGCACCAUAACCAAGAUUUUCAGGAUACAAGACAGUUAAAUUAUUUGGCCAACUCUAUUCUUUUUCCUCACUGGUUGGCAUCCAGUUCAUCUCAGACUAGCAAAACUAAUGACAACUUGGAACCGCUCAGUCCACCUCCUCCACCAACUGCUCAUGCACCUCAGACAAGUCAGGAAACUGUAUGCUACAGAAACAUAGAACAGAGCCCAAGGCAGCAAGAACAGGUGAUGAAGCAGCAGAUGGAGCAGCUGCAAAGGCUGGUGACCGAACAGCAGAAAAUCAUUACAUACUACAACCCAGGCUUUUCACCUUCUUCUGGGGUCUCUUCCCACCUACUUUCCACGAUGCCACCACUUCCAAGAUCUGCUGCCACUUUAUUUCCUGUCCAGCUCCCUUCAGAAAAUUCUCCACAAGUCCAGAGCCAUGGACACUUGCAAACUGAUCCCUUAAUAAUGUGUCCACCCCUGCAAAGAGGUUCCCCAGUUUCUUCACCAAACAAUAGCUGUGCAGAAACCUCAGGAGAGAAUCCACAACUUCCAGGUCCAGCUGGUUCUCUGAACAUAGGGGCACACCCAGAGCCAUUAUCUCUGUGUCCUGGGAGCCCCACAAAAAGACUUUCUAGACAAGAUGCUCUAGAAGAGGAAAUAACAGCAGACAAAGAUAAAGAUCUACUAGAGGAAGAGGCUUGCCUUGAAGCCUUGCCUGCCAUUGAAGAAAAAGGAGGAGAACAAAUUGAUGAACAGAUUCCCCUUUCACCCUUUGGCAUAAGAAUCAAGACAAGGAAUAGAAAUCUGGAAGACAGGCCAAUCAGACCAGGAAUUGGUAUAAGACAGAAGACUUUUGAGGAAUUUGUUGAAGAACAAUUGAAAGUAGACUCUCAAAUAGUAGAAAAACAUCAGCAGGAGCAGCAGAAUUUCUGCAAGGGUAAAAUAUCCCCUCGAAAAUCUUUCCUGAAAUGUGGAGAAGGCAUUGCAAGGCGUGAAAAAAGAAAAGGAAGCUUUGGAAAAGAACAAACCAAGCAUUCCAGAAGAGUUAGUUUUGACUGCCAGAAUCACUUCUCUUGGCCUGGCCGUCAAACUUGGAAAUUACAUAUGGGGAAAGGCUCUUGUUUAAAUCGGCAGGCCAGUAGUCCCAUGAUGUUGAGCACAACUGAGAAAAAUACAACCAGUGCUAUGUCUGUGAGUGAAAUAAAGGGUCUGGGGGACUGUAAGGCAGGUGAUCCUGAGGAAAGGCCAGGAGAAAGAGAAGGAGGUGAGGGAGAAGAGAGUAUAAAGGGGGAGCCUGCUGUAUCACCACAGAUGAACUGGCCUGAGCUUAUACAGCAGUGUCAUGAGCAAAUAAGUGGAAUGAACCUCCAAGUAGGUGAGAGGAAUGAAAUGCAGUGUACUGAUUCUCUAGCACACCUUGAUGGAAUGGAUAAAAGAUCCAUGGAGCCUAAAGUCCCAAAGCAGUUAGAUCUUGUGGAUCAGUCUGGGAAGGGCAACAUGGCAGAGGCAGCAGAAAAACCUUUGGAAGCCCUUCAAGAAGAUUCUGUGUUUCAGAACUUAGAAGAAGCAAACCAAGCAAAGCAUGUGGAUUGGAGCAUAGGUCUGCAAUUCACAUCCUGCAUGAAAGGGGCUCCCGGCUUGCAAAAUAAGUUCUGUAUUGUGAACCCAAACUCAGAGAGCAAGAGAGGAACCAGCACUGGAUUUAAGCUGGUCAAUGACAAAAUAGUGAAAGUUUCCCAUACAUCAGCCCAGCACAUGGACAGGGAAAAGGGUGACACAUCUGUUGGUCACCAGCGUUUGUGUCAAAGCAGUGGAAAUGCUCCCUGCCAGUGGAAUGCCUUAGCUGUGGCCAGUGAGUCAAGCCACACAUCAACUGACAGUGAGGAUGAUCCCAAAUCACACUGCAGUCAGUAUCCCACACAGGCUGCACCACAGAAAGUAGGUCGGACAGACAGACAUUUGGAUCUCUCUGAUGCUGAUUAUGCUAGUGAUGAGCCCAGUGGAGCAGAAAAGAUGACCCUGAAAAAACACAAGUCUCAGCCUAAGAAACGGGGGCUUUCAAACCAGCAGGAUUCUUCACUCAGCACAAGCAGCAGUGAUUCUAGUAAUGGAGUUGCCAGGCUGAAAGGGAGUAAGCCUUGCUCCUCUCUUCAAAAGUGUCCUUUUCAUCCCCCAAGAUCCAUGGGAGGCCAACAACAGCCUCAAGCAAAGAGUGAGAGUUGUGCUGGGGACAUUAAAACUGUAGAUCUGUACUCACUACCCUCAAUGGGCAAUCUUGUAACUACUCUGUUCCCUACUUUCAAGAGUAAAGACACCCUUGCUGAAGAAAAGGGACAUAGAAAGCUGUUUUUGGGGACACUAGAAGACACUCAGAAAAGACUGACUGGCAAAUUUUUGGAAUCGGAAAGGGAGGUUGGUGUGUUUCUUGGAGAAACCCCUCCACUAGCUGGGAUGAAAGAAGAGCAGGAGAAAGCAAUGCAUUUUCUCAGAACACGAAUGGAUCAGUUUGAGACCAUCAAGACUCAGGAGCUGAACCAUGCAGAAUACAAGAGAGGUCAAAUUCCCAUGCUGCUGAAAGAAAAUGUUGAAUCUGAUAAGUACUUGGCAACAACUAGAAUCACUGGAGAGAAUGGGAACUCCAAAGAAAUACAAAUAUUAAAGCAACAGAUUGCAGGGCUCCAGGAGGAAUUCAGAAGAAAUGAGUCCCACUGGCAUGCUGCCCAUGGCCAGCUGAAGAGUCAGAUUGAGAUGCUGACCAAACAAAACCUGGAGCUUCGAGGUGAGCUCCGAGUUUCAAAGCAUCAGAGGCUGGAAUCAGAAAAAAAAUCCAGAGUUGUGGAUUUCAGAAGCAGAACAUCAGAAACCCCGGUGUCAGAAGCUAUUCUGACAGGAUUGUCAUCCCUGGCUAAACGGGAAGAAAGCCCAUUGAGAGGCAGCCAUAAAAGUCGAAGCUCCACUCCCAUGGGCAGGAGAACACCAUUGGAGAAACAGCAUCCCAGAGAUGCAAAUAUCAAAGCAGCGAAAAGUGCACUGGAAAAGACUGAGUCUUUAAAAUCAGUAACAAGGGAACAGAGAGAGAAGAUAUCAUCUGAUCGCCUCCAUAGCAGAAGUGCAACACCCACUGGUAGGAGAACACCCCAUGCAGGAAGAUUAACACCAUUUGAGCCUGAUAAGGUCACACAUCGACCCUCUUAUACUGAACCAAGAGCUUAUGGAUGGAAGUCACUUGUGCCAGUCUCCCACCCAAAUGUGUUUGAGGACAUUAACUCAUCGUCUUAUGUAAAAGACAGGUAUUCAUCUACCUCGGGUAGUUCGGAGGACAUGCCCCUCUUGCACAGCCAGAAUGACAACGUAUGUAGCUCAGCUUCCUGCAGUAACAAUGAGGAAGCACAGAGUUUGCUGCCAAAGUCAGUGUUAUCAAGAAGGCCAUCACUAUAUGAAGAAAGAAAGAAGAAUGAUGAGGAGGUGCGAGAAAAAAUAGAAUAUCCAGAUGGAAAGGUUGAAGAGGUACUUACUGAUGGCCGUAGAGUCAUUACUUUUCGCAAUGGUACCAAGAAAGAGAUCAGCGCUGAUAAAAGGAUGACUGUGGUUAGCUUUUUCAAUGGAGAUGUGAAGAAGAUCAUGCCAGACCAGAGAGUGAUUUAUUUCUAUGCAGAUGCGCAGACAACCCACACCACUUAUCCAACUGGCUUGGAGGUGCUGCAGUUCCCUAAUAAUCAAAUAGAAAAACAUCAUCCUGAUGGCACCAAAGAAAUUGUGUUCCCUGAUCAGACAGUGAAACGUCUCUGUACUGAUGGGCUAGAGGAAACAGUUUUUGCAGAUGGUACUUUAGUAAAAGUAGAAAAGAAUGGAGACAAAAUGGUGAUAUUCAGUAAUGGACAGAAGGAGAUUCAUACUGCACAGUUCAAGAGGAGGGAGUACCCUGAUGGCACCAGAAAGACUGUGUACUCCAAUGGACGACAGGAAACAAAGUAUUCCUCUGGACGGGUUCGAAUCAGAGAUGAAGAAGGCAAUAUCAUCCUUGAUAAGAAGUGAUUCAUCUCCCUGAUGUGCCAGGUUAUAUGUAGGUGGUCUGUCCAGGCUAGUUUCUGCUUGUGAUUUGAUAUCUUUAUCCCUUGGAAGCACACACCUGUUACAUGAUUCUUUCUUUGUCUCCUUACCUAUUUUUCUGUUCCCUGAAAUAACUAGAACCUGGCCUUGGAAUAUUUAAGUUCCUGCUUUUCCAAAUGAACAUGCCGGGUUGAAUUUUAUUUAUACUCAGUGGGUGUGUCUACACAAGACACUUACUGCACAUUAGUGUAAUAACAAUGUGCCGUAGUGUGUCACGACAAAAACUGUGCUAAUAUCCUAUUACGCAGUGUUAUUAGGCUCAUACUCAGUAAGUGUCACUAAAUAACCAUGUGCUGGUGCUACU